AAUCCACUGGCAUUAAAAAGGAGAGAAGAGAUGGAAGUUUAAGAUGGCUGUCAGCAUGGAGGUGUGUUAAAGAGUUCAGUUCUUACUGUGGGAGGGAAAUCCUCUUAAGCAAAACUUUCUCUUUUUAUGAUUUCAUUUUCUCCCAAGAGGGAGUUCUUCCUCCUGCUGAAGGUUGUAUGGGGGGAGGGGGUGUCUUAGUUGUCUUUUUUUUUUUUUUUAAGUAGCUUUAUUCAGAUGUAUCUGGCAUGUCUAGAGAAAGCCCCUUUAGUCAGUUUAUAAUCUGGAGGGUCAAAGGCAAACUGGAAGUUAAUAAUGGCUGCUAAUGGUGCUUACAAUUCAGGAUGAAUCUUGUCAAAAGUUUUUCUGGAAGUCUGGGUCUUUGAUUGUGUGUUUCCUGAAAGCAAGACCAAUCAUUUCAGUUUAUUCACUGGCUAAACUCUACUUGAUUGGGGACAAGCACAGAAACCAUCCAUUACGAUCUGAUAUAUUAUCCAAACAAUUUAGUGUAUUCAUGAGGUAACCGAAACGUGGAGGCUGUGAAAUUACCCGUAAUCAAUUGAAACAGCGAGUGUGCGUCCCUCUGGGUGUCCAACAUCUCUAUGUCUCAGUAAUAAGGCAGGCAAGAAAUCAUUUCAGAGUUGCACUGUUCGCUAUCUGAUCGCUGGGCUGGGGGAAGCUGGACAGUCCUAUUAGAAGGCUGGGACUGAUGAGGCUGAAUCGCAACUCCGCUGGGAACCACAACACGACAACCUGCAUCUCCAGGAGUGUAUUGCAGACCCCACUGUGCUGACCACCAGAGGCUUGUGCCAUCGCCAAUUUCGUUUCGCCGGUGGUGGUUUUUUUCCCCCCUUCUUCUCCUCUCCUCUCGAGUGUCUGUGGGGUGUAUUUUGUGGGUGCGUGUGUGCAGUGGGGUAUUCUUAUCCCACCACCCCCCCCCCUUUUUUUUUUUUUUUGCCUUUUACAUGUUUGGGAAACCAGACAAAAUGGACGUUAGAUGCCACUCGGACGCUGAGACUAACCGGGUCUCGAAGAAUGGACAUAAGGAGGGGAAAGAGAGCAAGGGGGGCGAAGGGAAUAUCUCCGCUUCUUUUCUGAAGGAACCUCCGGGCACUUUUUCCCCGUCUGCCGCUUCGGAAGAUUGUAAUAAGAAUAAAUCUAAUUCUGCCGACCCGGACUAUUGCAGAAGGAUCCUGGUUCGAGAUGCCAAGGGCUCCAUCCGAGAGAUCAUUCUUCCCAAAGGCCUGGACCUGGACCGGCCAAAGCGGACCCGAACGUCAUUCACCGCUGAACAGCUAUAUCGGCUAGAGAUGGAGUUCCAGCGGUGCCAGUAUGUUGUGGGGCGGGAGCGAACCGAGCUGGCCAGGCAGCUCAACCUCUCCGAGACCCAGGUGAAGGUGUGGUUCCAGAACCGGCGCACAAAGCAGAAGAAAGACCAAGGCAAGGACUCGGAGCUGCGCUCCGUAGUGUCCGAGACGGCUGCCACUUGCAGCGUGCUCCGGCUCCUAGAGCAAGGCCGCCUGCUCUCCCCGCCCGGCCUGCCGGGCCUCCUGCCGCCUUGCGCCACGGGAGCUCUGGGUUCGGCCCUGAGAGGCCCAAGCAUUCCGGCCCUAGGCGGCAGCGGCAGUUCGAGCUCCGGCUCCAGCUCGGCCUCCGGCCCGGCGGGCGGCUCCUCUCCGCACCCCCCGGCCGUGAGUAGCGCGGCGGGGCCCGCCUCGGCUUCAGGACUGCAUCCUGCCCCGGCCGCCGGUCACGGUCUCUUCAGCCUGCCGGUACCAUCGCUCCUGGGAUCGGUUGCCAGUCGCCUCUCCUCCAACCCCCUGACAAUGGCUGGCUCAUUGGCCGGGAAUUUACAAGAACUCUCCGCAAGAUACCUGAGCUCCUCCGCCUUUGAGCCCUACUCGCGGACCAACAAUAAAGACGGGGCGGAGAAAAAAGCACUGGACUGAUUUUAAGUAUUUCCAUGUAUUUAUAUUUAUAGUAUCUAUUGUGCUUAUAUUUAUGGAAUCACACACCCAAGCUACCCUCCCUGGGCAGUUCCCCUCUCCCCACGCGGUCUGCAGACACGUCCUUUACCUCCUUGCCUCACCUUCUCUUACAAAUUUGAUUUUACCAUUUUAAUUUUUUUUUCCUGCCUUGCUUCCGUUUGCUUUCUAUCCUUCCACCCCCCAACUUCCAUCUGAAUGCAGGAAAGAUCCAAAGAUCUGGGAAACAUCCUACUCCCUUUCCCCACCCCUCCACCUCUAACCUGAGGGAAAGGAGGCAUCCAAAUCCAAAGGAACAGUACUGUUGGUAGGAAUAGUGGGGAGAAGAAGGCUGAGCAUGCAGCCUCCCACUGACCCCGCAGCCGCCCGCCUAGGGUGGAAGAUAUACAGGGUUUCCUAGAGUCCAGAGUUGGUAUACUCCUUCCGAAAGAAGGAAUAGGAAACUCCCACCGUCUGAGUGAGCCAUACAGGAAGUGAAUUUCAGAACGCUCGGCGGUCACUAGGCCUUAUAGGUUGCUCUAGAAAGCCAGGGACCCUGCCCAAGUUUCCCAUAGAACAAGGAAGAAUCAAUCGCUUUCCAACCCCCACCCUCCACUCCUCUCCACCUUAGGGAAUCUGUGGAUAAAAUAGGCAAGAGAUGCCGAAAACCAUCUUCUAACGACCACUUUCACAAUACUAAUAAUAAUGACGAUGACGAUAGUGAUACUAAUGAUAGGGAAAAUAAUAAGAAUGGACUAUUGCUAAGCAAUUAAAAAUGAAUCCUAACUGUAUUCCAAGACUAGAUGCAACUUAAUUAUUUUUUUUAAAAAAUGAUAAAUUUGAGUCUGGAAGGUAAAAAACCUUUUAAAAAUGUUCCAAAACGUAAUUUUCUAGGCAGAGUAGAAUAAACGAGGCUGUGAGUUUGAAAAGAAAUUUGACCGGAAUGAGCAAAGCCAACGAUUUAUUUUCUAAGAAAUUCUCAAUCAGCUUCCCUACCUCACCCCAAGUCUUCCGGUAGAAAUAAUCUAGGGCCUCACUGAGGAGUAUCUGUUGAAAGGACGCCUCAGAAGUCUCAGCAAAAUCAAAUGUUAGUCAGAGAGGGGGCACUUUUUAGGGAGUUAUCGUUGGUUCGUAAAUAGAGCGGGCAAUAGCCAUUCCAUUUAGCACCGCAAACUAUGAUCCUUUCCAUUUCCAUUAAAAAGUAAAAUAAAAUAUAAUCCCCCCCCUUUUUUCCCCCUUGCCCUUGUUUCACGAAGUACUCGUAGCUUUAAAUUCUAGGAAAACAUGGUUCCAGUUACUUAAACCAAUUGAGAAAGUUGGACAAUCCUGCUACUUCUCCCUGGUCCUCCAGAAUUCAUCUCAAUCGGAAGAAUUAUCUUUUCCUUUUGAUGACAAAGACUAUGAUGAUGAAGAAAAAGAAGAAAGAAGUUGUAAUAGUAGAUAUAAGAAAAAGGAAAGAUUUUCCUUCCAGUUUACGGCUCCCAUCCACCUGCAAUCUGUUUUUGAAGGGUCAGGUGGUAGUUAGAACUUAGUCUCAGGCGGAGGUAGGGGCCGGUAAUCCUUCUAAGCAGAUACAAACUGUGUGCCUCAGUCUAUGCCAUCUAUUUCUUUAACCAAAACGGCCAACAGGAAAAACCGUGAGAUAUCUCUUGUUGUCUAGAAUGUAUUAGAGUCCAUUUGAAGAACCGCCCAGAACAAAUUUUUUGAAAAUAGUAAUUUUAUUGUAAAUUAUUUACGUCGAGAUUUUUUUUUGCUUUGUUUUAGACAAUUAGUGGGGGAAAAUAAUGAAAUAAUGAUUCACAUGCGGGUAGGUGUUCCCUAAAUCCUGGCUACUAACUCUGUUCUGAAUGUUUUGGAUAUUUGGAUGUUUUGUAUUUAUGUGGUGAGAGUGAAAUAUAUCUAUCUAUAAUGAUAA